GACAAACGGGCGUCAUGGGAUGAGGGCGGGACAUUGGAGCUGUUUCCGGAGUCCCUUCCCUGGCCUGGGAUAGAAAGAAGAGGGGGGAAAUACUUCUGUUUAUUUACAUUUCAUAAGUUACACACAGGUUCAGGCGACCAGCAGCAGUGACCAUGUCUCAGUCUGCAGAGAAAGGGAAGUUCCCCGAGGCGGCAGGAUAUGUGGGUUUUGCCAACCUGCCCAACCAGGUGCACAGGAAGUCAGUGAAGAAGGGAUUUGAGUUCACCCUCAUGGUCGUUGGAGAGUCUGGUUUGGGCAAGUCUACGCUGAUCAACAGCCUGUUUUUGACAGACCUCUACCCAGAGCGAUACAUCCCUGGGGCCGCAGAGAAGAUUGAGCGGACGGUGCAGAUAGAAGCCAGUACGGUGGAGAUUGAGGAGAGGGGCGUGAAGCUACGCCUUACUGUGGUCGACACCCCAGGAUACGGAGAUGCCAUCAACAGCCAGGACUGCUUUAAGACCAUCAUCCAGUACAUUGAUAACCAGUUUGAGCGUUACCUUCAUGAUGAGAGUGGCCUGAACCGCAGACACAUCGUAGACAACAGAGUCCACUGCUGCUUCUACUUCAUCUCUCCUUUUGGACACGGUCUGAAGCCUCUGGAUGUGGAGUUUAUGAAGGCCAUUCACAGCAAGGUCAACAUCGUCCCUGUCAUCGCUAAGGCUGACACACUCACACUGAAAGAGAGAGACCGCCUUAAGAGGAGGAUCCUGGAUGAGAUUGCAGAGCAUGGCAUCAGGAUCUACCAGCUGCCAGACGCUGACUCAGAUGAGGAUGAGGAGUUCAAGGAGCAGACACGAGUACUGAAGGCGAGCAUUCCAUUUGCUGUGAUUGGUUCGAACCAGCUGAUUGAGGUGAAAGGGAAGAAAAUCAGAGGUCGUCUCUACCCCUGGGGGGUCGUGGAGGUGGAGAACCCAGAGCACAACGACUUCCUCAAACUACGCACCAUGCUUGUCACCCACAUGCAGGACCUCCAGGAGGUCACGCAGGACCUGCACUACGAGAACUUUCGCUCAGAGAGACUGAAGAGAGCUGGCAGAGCUGUGGAAGAGGAUGUGGUUGACAAAGACCAGAUUCUCCUGCAGAAGGAGGCUGAGCUGAGGCGUAUGCAGGAGAUGAUUACCCAGAUGCAGGCACAGAUGAAGAUGAAGGGAGAUGAGUGAAAAGAGAGGGAUGGGAGAGGGAGAAGAGAGGAGCCCCUCACCGAUCAAACCCUCUGUGCGUCUGAAACUCCAUCAUAGUUGUACUGCUGGACGCACUCAUCACCGCCUAUCCCUCAGUGUGUCAGUCAAACAAUCAAUUAACCAAUCAACCAAUUAAAGGUCCUCAAUAACCAAAUUUUAAUUUGGAAGUCUUCAAUAUGGCCCCUAGUUCACUGUGGUACUGAGAUCCACUGAUCUGCUAGUCUGAGUGUUGUUUUGGAAAGCGUUACUGACCUUAUGACAUGAGGUAUGUUUGUCAGGAGUGUUAUAACAUGACAUAAUAACGGAUAUGGGUUAUGAUAUAUAAUAAGACAUACUGUAAAGACAAUGAUUGCAUGUUCUCCCAAUAAGUGACUAAUGAUGUUAAUUUGUUUUCAUCAGUACUACUAAUUCUGUCUCAUGUACAAUGCAGAUCUUCCAUUGAUAAUGGUACUAAUACAUCUCAUUGUUAGACAACAAUCAGACUUCAGUGUUUACAGAAUGUUAAGGGAAUGUGUUGAGUAUAUUAAGGGAAGGUUUGUUGAGAGCUGGGUGUUUUUGUGCCAUUUGCAACCUCUGUCUUCACAUUUGGACUCAGCGGAGGACAUAUCAGUCCAGGUGUAGUAAUAAGUGUCCCUCAGGUGGCACUAGUCUGUUCUAUAAGCACAAUACUUGGACAUAACUAUAAAAGUAAUAUAGAUAGACUUGUUUGGAAAUAUCCCACAUAUUAAAAAUAUUGUUUUUAAAAAAUUUGUUUUUUUUUAACCUUAUUUCAAAAUAUAGACCAAAUGUGAUAUUUACAAAACUUUGUGCCUCUGUUGUAUUGGAUGGAGACUGUUUGCCUUGGGCUCAAGUGUUUUCAAACUAUGCACAACCAUGUCAUGUCUUAAUUUGGUUAAUAUGCCUUUUGUAUCUCCUAAGACGUGCACUUCAAAACCUUUCAGCAACGUUUGUCUUUAUUACUUCCAUUACAUCAUGAGCAGUUAUAGCAUUGAUAUGUGGGUUUUUUCUUUGGUUGUGUUUUUGUUUGGGAUUUUCCUAAAGGGGUUUUUCAAUGAUUUACUGUAUGCACAUUACUCUUCUCCUAUUGGCCAGCUCCAUGGAACUUACAGUAUUAAACUGAAUUCCUAACGAUAUUCUGAUUCACCAUGUGUAUGUCCCAAAUGGAACCCAAUUCUUAUAUGGUGCACUACUUUUGACCAGAGCCUAACCAGACCCCCGGUCAAAAGUAGUGCACUAUAUAAGGAAUAGUGUACCAUUUGGGACACUACCCAUGUCUGUCUGUGGCUGUGCCAUCCCACUUUCUAGACUACUGACUGUCUUAUACAGUGAACACCUCUGUCUGUGUUCAGAAAUGUGUUGUUUGUGUUUAGGAGUGCUAUCGUCAGUUGCUUUGGCAUCGUCUCUGUAACCUGUCUCUUUCUGCUUAGUUGGUCAACAGAUUUGUCUGUUUUGAAUCUUCGAGCCAUUAACCAAACUAUGCUUGAGACCUUUUUUUUGUGUAGUUUCUCAACUUUUGCACUGCAUUUUCAGAAAUAAAGUUUCCGUAGAAGCAGA